AUGGAGUCCAUCUUUUGCAUCGAGCAGGUCAAUGUUCCCCCGGAGCUUGGCACAAUAAUGAAGCAAUACACCAAAGCAGUUCUCAGGGACAGGCCAGAGGACCUCUACAAGUACAGUGCGAACUUUUUCGCAGCUCUUUGCGGCCAGGCAGCCCCUUUUGACAAGGAUGGUCAGUUUGUCGAAUCACGUGAGUACGAGCAAAUGGAAGAGUUUGUUGGUACAGAGCUCAACAAGGCUGAAGCCAUUGAGCCUCCACCAUCCGAUGAAAAUGAGGGGCGUGAUGUUAUUCGGGACAUUUUCAAUGAAUAUGAUGUCAACGGAGAUGGACGACUGGCCAGGGAGACGGUGCCAGCACUGCUAGAAGACUUGCAGCGGGCCCUUGGUCUAAAUGAAUCCGAGACAAUUGGCGCCGAGGAGCUUCUUAGCAUCCUUGACGCUGAUGAAAACGGUACAGUCGAUCUUCUGGAGUUCCGUCAGCUUUUUUUUCAGUCAAAUGAUUCACCUUAG